AUGGCUGUGCAAAAAGGCGCGACGCCUGAAGAGCGAAUGGUGGCUGUAUUGCGAUGGUUCAUCGGUACGCUCAAGGGUCAGUAUACGUCGCGAAACACGAGUAUGGGAUCUGAAAAAAAACCACUGAAUCCUGUUUUGGGUGAAGUUUUCUACGGAAACUGGCCAGACACGGAUAAUCAGGGUGAGACGACGCUCGUGUCGGAGCAAGUGUCUCACCACCCACCGAUUACGGCGUACUAUCUGGAGAAUGCCAAGGCUGGUGUUUCGGUCGAAGGCCACAGUGGACAAAAGACCUCGUUCAAUGGACGCUCGAUCUCUGUCGUUCAGGUUGGUCAUGCGAAAAUGUUCCUGGAUCGACCGGAAGGCCGUGAGACGUAUGUGAUCACGCUGCCAACGUUGUCGAUUGAUGGCCUCUGGUUCGGCUCGCCAUACAUUGAGCUGACGGACUCAUCUUAUAUCUAUUCUUCGACGGGCAUGCAUGCAAAGAUCCACUACUCAGGUCGUGGUUACUUCUCAGGCAAGGCGCAUUCGUUCCAGGCGACGGUGUCGGCGCCGUCGUCGUCGAAGCCGAUCUUGCAAGCACAAGGCAUUUGGUCCGGCAAGAGUACAGUCACGGAGGGUACUGUGCUUCCGGUCGGCUCUGUGUUUUGGGACGCAGAUGCUCAGAAGCGUGACGAAGUGCAUGUCAAGCCCCUCGACCAAAUGGGUGAGUAUGAGAGUCGUCGUCUAUGGCAACAUGUAUCUCACGGCAUUCGGACGGGUAACUACGACCUCGCUUCCAAAGACAAAUCACGUAUCGAAAAUGAGCAGCGUGCUUUGCGGAAAAAGCGCGAGAUGGAUGGAACGCAGCAUCAGCUGAAGCACUUUGUGUUGAUCGAAGAUGACCCUGUGUAUUCCAGCCUGGUCGUCCCAACGAAGCACGUGCCUUCUCAUCAGAAGAGUUACCGUUUUGAGCACGCGUAG